AUGCAAGCAGCACAAAUAUUGGCAUUAGCUUUACCUAAUGUUGUACCAGUUAAUGUGCGCGAUAAUGUUUUACAACAUUUAAUUCAAGAUAUUAAUAAUAAAGGAAAUCAUACAUCAACAGGCAUUGUAUCAACGGCAGCACUUUAUCCACUUCUGUCUGAUAAUGGUCAACACGAUUUAGCAGUUGAAUUAAUUUCAACAGUCACAUAUCCAUCGUAUGGUUAUAUGUUUAAUAAUCCGUAUGAAAAUGCAACAACUAUGUGGGAAUUAUGGGACGCACCGAUGGAAGGUCCAGGAAUGAAUUCACGAAAUCAUCAUAUGUUUUCAAGUAUCGGCGCAUGGUUUUAUUCACAUUUAGCUGGCAUAGAUUUUCAAUCGGAUUUAAUUCUUAUUCAACCACGAAUGUUAUCAGAAAAUAAAAAACAUCUCUUAACGAAAAUUGAUUGUCAAUUAAGUACUUUGUAUGGACUUGUUCAUGUUUCAUAUACACGUGACGAAAGUGAUACAUUUGCCAAUUCAAUUUUACUUCGAGUUUCAAUACCAUCGAAUGCUCAAGCUCAAGUUAUAUUCGAACCAUUGUAUCCCGGUGCUCGAUGUGUGACAAUAAUGGAAAACCAUGAAGUUAUCUGGUCGAUUGAUAGUAAAGAUAAUAGUGUUUUUCAUGAUGUCAACACUGGUUUAAUGACUCGUCAAGUUGGAUCAGGAGAUUAUGAAUACCAAGCUUUUUGGGAAUGA